AAGAAGACUAAAAGACAAGCUUCAUUUGUCUUAACAGAAAUGGCAAGAGAAUGGGACAACGGAGGAAGAUCCAUUUGUUCCUCUAAAAGCAAGAAAAAACCCUAUGAAGCUAGUGGCUGCAUCGCUGCUCUUUACCACUUUUUUCAUUUCCACCAUUUUUACCUUCCUUCACGUGACCAUCACCACCAAUCUAGUAUUGAUUCUCCUUCCAGAAAUCCUAAAGGUACUUUCCCUUCUCUAUAGAUAAAGGAGCUGGGAGUUUUCUGCAAGACAGUUCGCUAACAGAUAUGAAUGUUAUGUUACUGAAACUUUCAGGAUUGGUGGCGCCACGAAACAGCUUGGAUUUAACAGAGGAGUCUCCAUUAUCAAGAAACUACAAGCUGGAAAAAGAAGUCUUGAACAUCCAUAUGCAGGUGGGCGGGAAAGAGUCAACACUUAGAGCACUUCUCGUUGAUAGAUCCUCUAGUUACUGCAACUCACCUCGCACCAAGACACCAAACGUGGUGGCUAGACUCAUGGGUCUUGAUCUUCUCCCGGACAACUUAGACCUUAAGAGAUCACCAAGGAUUGGAGUAAGAACACAUAGACCCUCCAGGAAUGGCUCAGGGACAAGAUCGUUACCUGUGAGCCCUAGAAUCUCCUCUGAUUCCGACAAUCGUCGCCUCUCUCUUCAGCUAAACAGAGAGAAUAAGCAAGAAGAGUCUGCCCGUUGGAGGUUGAAAGAGUUGAAACAAGAUGCAAGUCCAAGUCCCAGACAAAAUGGGAAGCAGAUAAAAGAGAGUGCCACCACCAGAAAAUUUGGUAUGGAUAUAACAAAUGUGCUUGAGAAUACAAGUGCAGGAGCAGCACAAGACAAGAUUGAGCAUAGCAGGUGUUCACAGAAAGAGAACAAAGCAAGCACUAAUCCCACAUUGGUGAUAAGAAAAUAUCACAUCUCUCAGCAACCAACAAAGGUGACCCUUUCAAAAGGAGUAAACGAAUCAAAAUGCUCUCCUCAUCCAACACCCAAAACUCGAAAUAAGCAGAGAAAGGCAACAUACGUGAAGUCUGAUAGCAGUGAUCCUUUAGAGAAGCAGAAAUGCAAGAAAAUCUCAAAUUCAAAUGAAACUAGUGUCAACAUCUCCGUAGCAUCAUCAGCUUUCUCUGCCACAGAACAUCCUCGGAAACAGAUAAAAAGAGCCGCAGAACCAGAGCGGAAGGCAGAUGCGACGAUAUGCUCUGUUCAGAUGUACAAACUCGAGAGGAAGGUUCCUCGAGAACCGCCAAGAUCCAAUUUUUACGACUCGACCACCAUUUCUGCCUACUUAGCGAACGCAAGAGGCACCGUUGCGGAGACCAAGAAACUUGAAGAGGAAGAGGAAAGGGUCGUCGCAGAGAUUGAGCGGCAUAUCGUAUACGGCCUCGUGCAUGAAACGGUGGAAACGUUGUCGUUGCGGGUUUAAACGCAAACGCAAACGCAAGCGCAAACGCUAUUAGAUGUGCGGAUUAACACCGAUAAUAACACAACGUCUGCGUUUUAACACGUCUAGGGAGAGGGAUUCAAAGCAAUGUGCGUUUUACAUCUCGCUCCAUUACUAAUACAUGCAUGUACCCUAGUUAAAAUAUCGAAGGAUUUAGUUAAGUUUAAUUGUUGUAA